AUGUCAGCAGAGCAAUCACAGUUUAAUAAGCUAUUGACCAACUAUAACUUCAAAUUGGCUUCGGCCAGUGAAGAAUACAAGAGUCGUCGUAAGAGACAAAUGAUGCUUUUUAUGGGAUCAGCAGCUAUAACUAUCUUCACAUCAAGAUUAGCCUACAAAUCUACAAUCACAAGACAAUACGUCCCGAGCUUGUUUCAAGGGAACCAUGCGCCACCAUUAAGUUAUAAUUUCACAUCAGAUGCUGCCGUAGCAGUUGGAACUGGUACCCUAUUGUGUGGUAGUGUUUCCUCCAUGAUUAUUUUUGGAACUUGUUGGAUCAUAGAUGUGUCGAACUUUAAGGAAUUCGGUUGGAAAAUGAAGUCCUUAAUGGGUGGAUGGGAGAAACAGAAAGAAUUGGCCAAAUUACCAAUGGACGAGGAAAGUGCUUUAAUACAAGACAGCUUGAAUGAUAUUCUCGAUGGUAAAUACGACUUUGAUGAGACCGCUCCAGCAGAGAAAUAA